AUGCCGCUCAAGAUUGCCAGCACACUUUGCUGGGCUGGAGGGGAUGGUCGUGCCGUGAGGCAAUUGACUCGAGCGACGCAGAACAUCGACACACUGGACCAGAGUUUUGGAUAUUUCCUGUCAAACUCGUUCCAGUUUACCGCGAGCCGUCCAACUCUGGCGCAGAGAGCUCCCUCCUUUGAGCCGGCAGCAUAUAUGCAUAUUAUCUUCAGGGGGGCACAACAAUUCCUGAUGCGCCGCGCUCGCGACCGGGAUAUGGUGUCCACGGAGAGACUAAUUGCUGGGCAGGGUGUCCAUAACGGGGGCGAAAACGCCCUGAAGCUGUUUUUGACUUCACGAACCAGCGCGAUCUUCCGCUUCACCGCUGUCAUUGUCGGAGCGGCUCUGGGACGGAUGUUUCAGCGAGUCACAUUUGACCAGCAAUCCUUCUUUGACGCUUUAGAAGACUACAAUUCAGGGCCUUCGGACGAGAGGAUCAUCAUCAUGCCCACCCAUCGAAGUUAUAUGGACUUUGUCAUAUGUCCCUACCUUUUCUACCAGUUCUCCGUCUUGGGAGUAAAGGUCCCACGCAUAGCGGCACAGGACCAGUUCGCUAGAAUUCCUGUCUUAGGAUGGCUCUUAACCAAGCUUGGGGCUUUUUAUGUUCGACGAGGUGUUGGUAAAGCCGAUCCAGAGCUCAAUGAGCAGGUCCGCCAGCUGGUUGAACAGGAUGAACACAUUCUCUUCUUUCCCGAAGGUCAACGAAGCCGCUCUAGAGAAUUUCUACCUCCCCGACGAGGUCUUUUGCGGUCGCUACAGAGCACAGGCAAAUCUUUCAAGAUCUUGCCGGUUUCUAUCAGCUAUGAGAGAGUGCCGGAAGAGGAGUGCUUUAUAAGGGAGGCACAAGAACAAGAAAGACCGCAGAUGACCCUUGUAGGACUUUUACGUUGGACAUACAAUAUGGUCCUUGGACGAGUGAAGCUUGGCAGAGUCCACGUCAAGUGUGGCAGGAUGCUGGAACUCAAGCCUGAAACUGAUAUCCAUGCCCUCUUACACCAAGUUAUGGGCGAGCUGCAAGCGAAUACUGUCUUGACGACAUAUCACCUGGAAGCGUUUGUGAGCCAACAUCGCCGAGAGUGUCGGUGCUCAGCUCCUUGCGCCAUUAGCAGACCGAAGCGGCAGUCCGAAGCGGUGGAUUGGCUGCGAAGCCAGCUCGAAGAACGAGGAGCAACGAUCCUCGAGGGCGGCCUUUCUGUGGAUGAGAAUCAGCAGGUAUCCUCUGUGGUUGCCGAGAGUCUCACUAAUCAGUGGAUUCAUUUCUUUGAUCGCGAGACAACUGAGGUACCACUGAGUACGGCUGCCGCUGAGUAUAGCGUUUUGGGGAUGCCUCGACUUCAAGAUGUGGCUGCUUGA